GACAUUCCUUCACAAGAUAUGCUUUCCCAAGUACAAGUUCUGCCAAAAGAAGCCAUGCUAUUUGAAGCCCAAACAUCCAAUGCUGUGCAGUCCCUUAAUGUACAACACCUAGAACAGCAAUCCCUGCAUCUUCAACUACAAACAUCCAACAGCAAAACAAGCAAUUUAUGCAUAUGGUAUAUCAAGACAUUCAAUCAGAAGUCAAUUUACUGACACAAGAAUGGAAAUCUGAGGAGAAACUCCAAAGCAGGCAAUCCUUAAAGCAGCAUUCCGUAGGUGAGCAUAGCAAAGGUUGGCAAUCUCCCAAAAGGAAAUCCCUAGACCAGCAAAUCCAAGGCCAGCAAUCUCCAAAAAGGAAAUCCCUAGACUGGCCAACCCAACGCCAGCAAUCUCCAAAAAGGAAGUCUCUAGACCUGCCAACCCAACGCCAUCAAUCUCUAAAAAGGAGAUCCCUAGACCUGCCAACCCAACGCCAGGAAUCUCCAAAAAGGAAAUCCUUAGGCCAGUAUGUCAAAGACUGGCUAUGCCUAAAGAGGAACUCCAUAGACAAACAAGUCCAAGUUAAGCAAACCACACAGCAACCACCAGAUCAACAAGCUGAAGACCAGCUGGACCAGGAAGAAGAAUCCCUAAAGCAGCAAUCCCAAAAUGGGCAAGGUGAAGACCAGCAGGUAGAGAGGAGCAAUCCCCAAAGGAACAAUCCAAGGACGGACAAGAUGAAGAUCAGCAGGCCAAUCAGGAAGAAUCUCCCAAGGAACAAACCCAACACCAGCAAGCAGAGGACCCGCUGGUCCAAGAGAAGAAAUCCCCAAAGCAGCUCGGCCAACACCAGCAAUCUCAAAUCCAGGGCUGGCCAUCUUUAGGUCAACAAUCUCAAGGCUGGAGAAACAAAGAUUAUAAAGCACAAGAAUGCCCAAUUUGAAAUGCUGCAUUCCCUAAAUUGGGGAUCCCAAGACUGGCAAACCCAAGAUCUAUUAAAGAAAGAAUACCUAAAGCAGAAAGCUCUAUACCAAGAAGCCCAAACUGUGCAUGACCUAUGUCGAUAUCACCGUGGUUGGCAAAUACCAGACAUUUUAUUUCAAGAUGCUCAGUAUCAAGAGAAGGACCAAAAAGACCUUCAAUCCACAGGUUACCAAAAAGAAGAUUUACAAACCAAAGACUUCAGACUAGGGGAAAUGAAAAGCCUGUGCCAAAACCCAAGUGACCUGCAAUCAGAAAACAUGAAGCCAGAUUUUCAUCAUUCCUCCUGCGAAAGCUCAGUACAAGACUUGCAUUUCACCUGUUUGGCCAACAUAGAUUCAGAUGCACAACAGAAGGUUUCUGUUUGCUCACCUUCCCACAAAAAGAUCUAACUUUAACUUCAUGUUAUGCAAAAGAUCGACAGCAAUCGGAAGACUCUGACUAACAUGAAGCAUCUGUCCAAAUACCACACUACUCCCAAUUAUGGAACAAAAUUAGGGAAAAAACAAUAUAGUCUCCUCCAACCUAUGUUCUUAAGUGUUAUUGCUACCUUAUUCA